AUGCAUCAUCGAGGAGGAAUACUGCUUUAUUUGUGCAUUUUUGCUAUUGUACAGUAUACAGAAGUAAGGGCAACGAAAGUAUCAAAAAUUAAUGGACUAACAAGUGCGAAUAAGAGUAAAUCUGAUAUUGCUGACAUGGAUAUUAUGACAUUUCAAGAUGACGGGAUAGAUACGGAACAUGAACCACAACACGAUUCUCCAUUGCCUAGAUCAGAAUCUAGACACAAGCAUGGCGUAGAAAGUAAUGUUGAUCUAGAUGCUUUUGGACGAAUAAAACGUAGUUGUGGAGGUGGUUGCGGUGGUUGCGGAGGUGGUUGCGGUGGUUGUGGUGGUUGUGGUAGUUGCGGUUGUUGUACAUGUUGUCAAAAGUCUUGUUGCACAACUUGUACUACAGUUACAACAUGUUGUAAGACGUGCUGCCAGCAAAGUUGUUGUCAGUCAUGUGGAUGCGGUGGAUGUUGUUGUGGUGGUGGUGGUGGUGGUGGU